CUAGCCUUCACCGGGAUAGACUGCUAAGGCGAUUCGCACAGAUCUCCACUACUGGAAUGAAUUCCAGUACAAAGCAGUGAAUUGAUUGACUCUCGCACAACCAAUUCACCACUAUCAAUCAAGGAAGCUCUCUUAACCUAAUCAGAUUCUAUCUAUCAUAGGUUAAAGCAGAAGUCAAGAGAAUUUGAUCAAGAUUCAAUUGACCCAAUAAAUCAUGCCUCAAUCAAUUAUAAUCAAACAAUAUAACAUCCAAAACUUCAUACAAGAAAGAUCCUAACACAUGGAACUAGGGUUCCUCAAAACCUAAGUGAAGGGAAGUUACUCCAUAGAGAAGAGAGAGACUGCAGAAAUCUGAUCUAGAUCUUCAAUCUCCAUCUCCAAGCUUGAUUCCCGAGCUCCAAUGGCAAAGAAAUCCUCCAAAAUAGCUCCAAGAAUGUUCCCAAGUCGCUCUCUCUCUCUCUCUCUAGGGUUCGUCCCUUGGGUGUUUGGGAACCAAAACCCAGCUCUCCCCUUUCCUUUUGCUGAAAAUCGGGUUUUAACCAGAAAUUCCCGAUCACACAGCCAGGCCACACGGCCGUGUGACUUUCCCAGAUGCCCGUGUGAGGGCUCGGUGAUUUCCACACGGCCACAUGUCCAGUUCACACGGCCGUGUGGGUCUUGCCCGUGUGGCUUGCUUAGCCUCUGUUUAAUGCUUCGUUUCUCCCUCGUCCGGACUCCGAAUCAGUCGCUGUUUGAUCCCAGACGCUCGUAGUCUCGUCCUCUUUCUUUUCAUGACAAAAUUCCAUGAUUAUUUGUCUAUAAUAUGAGGUAGAAGUACAUUAUUCCUCAGGUCAUGCUCGUGUUUCUUCUCCCGAAUUGCCGAAUGAUCUCCGAUUGACUUCAAACUUGCGCCUAUGCUUCAAUUUACAUGCUAGGACCUGAAAUGUGACAAAGGAACACAACCUAGUAUAAAAUAGGCCAAAGAAGCGAUAAUGCAAGCUUAAACGAUCAAGAAACAAAGGGGAAAACAUGUGCAAAUAUCGAGUCAUCAACGGGCCAUUCUGCAGAGCCAUGCUACACUCCACAACCAGAUCCAAACUAUGAAUUGAGGCUUCUCAUGGAGUAGUUUGCUCGAGACUGUAAGAGAUCAUGCUCCAGGAUGGAUCAUUGUGUCCAGGCCUACCGUGAAACAGAGGAGAUCCUCUUGGGCCUUAAGAAGAGCGUCGAUGAUCUUGAGCGAUCUUGUGCACAACCUGCUCCAGAUCACCCUUCUGCUACCAUACUAGAAGAGGAGGAGGGGAAGAAGGCUACAAGGAUUUGUCACGGAGAGCUCCCGUGAUGAUCAUGAUCAGGAAUGUCCUGUCGUAGUCGACCACACCUUCCCACAUCCCAAACUGAGCUUUGAAGAGGCGGGCAUGAGUGAGGAGAUGCAAGAAGAUCUCAUGAAAGAAAUUGCUUGGAAACUUGCUCUCCAAUCCAUGCUAGAAGAAGAAGAGGAAGAAAGGGUGCAGAAAGAAGUUGUGGAGGAUGACGAAAGUGAAGCAGAAGGAUUUCUUGAUCAUUUCCCAGGGUUGUUACCACAUGAAGAAGAAAGGGAGGCUGAAGAAGCAAUUGGCGUCCAGGCUGAGGACGGAGUUAAGGUGGAAGAGGCCUGCACCGACCAUGAGUUACAUGUAAUAUCACCACCAAACUUCAAGGAACUACUUAACAAGGAACCAAUUGUAGUGUCCCUUUGCCAGACCAAGGCCACGUCGACAUCGGUCCCUCUUGGUGGACGCGAUGGUGGCCAAUCGAUGCUGUCAUAUCUAGUUUGGGGCAAUGAGACGAGAGAAGAGAAGAAGAGGUCUCAAGGGUGGAGACUUCAUCCGCAUCAAGUGCACGAGCUUCCAUCACCUGUCAUACCACAUGCUCGUGACUUGAGACUCCACCUCAUUGACGAGAACCUCAACUUCAAGGAGGUUUUGGGGUGGACCGAAACUUAGGAGCCAUCGUCCGGCUCACGACGUGAAAGAAGCGCUUGUUGGGAGGCAACCCAACCAGUCGGUUUGCAUUUCUUUCUCUAUUUCACCUUGGUUGAGUCAGUUUUGUUCUUUGAUUUUAGAGUCAAUAACUCAACCUUUGUGAGAUUUUGUGGUGUUUGUGUUCCGACUACUCUCUCCUCCUGGAAUACACCGCCUGCCCCGUCCACCAUCAUUCACCCUUGAUCUGGUAACUUUGUUCUAACCUCCUUAUCUUUCCUCCAUUGAGGACAAUGUCGUGCUUAAGUGUGGGGGGAUGUUUGAUUAUGUAUGCGGGUGAAUGUUUGGUUGUUUGUGUGCUUGGAGCCUAGUCCACUGUCCAAAUUUACAAAUUUGAGAGCUCCAAGUACAUGUUUCCUUGCAAAUUGCCUGCUCAGUAUGCUUUGAAUUGACAGUCUCUAUAGUAAUGUGAACCUAGGGAGGUAGUGUAGCACUAUGGAGGAUGUUGAAGUAUAAGAUUUUUCCUAUCUAGCUCUCUGUUGUGCCAGUUGAUUUUGUGAAUUAGUGGAGCUAGGACCGUUGAAUUCAUGUGGUAAUGGUGACUCUAUGUGGAUUGUGUUAUGGACUCGUGUAUCGAACAGGGUGCACAUGUGAAAAAUGAAAUGCAGUUGGUCCUCCAUGUUAAAAUCAUCAAAAUCUUAAACAUGGGGUAAGCCCAACGUGUGCGGCACCGUUCAUUGCACCAAAUCGGGUUUUGGAAGAGAUUUUAGUGAUCCUUAGUGGGGGUACUCCUACAAGGUGAAGCUAAGUUGUCUCUAGUACAAGUAAAACUUCCACCCGUUGAACAGUUUGCCUACUUGAGGAUGUGUUUUUAAGGGCACAGAUAGAUCUUCUGACCCCCCUUAAUUUCAUUGACCCUCCACAUGAGUUGAGGAAAAGGAAUUAAAAGAAGUACUUUGGCGAGCGCCAGAUGUACAGAAAUUGCUCUUGCUCGACUAAUAAGGGUCGACCGUGUAAGAGACUGCAGUUGGAACCCCCUCCAAGUGAAUGAAAAAGAAAAAAAAAGUAAAAUGAAGGUGAAAAAGGGGUUCCAACGGUGAAAUGAAGUGAAAAGAGCACCCCGGUACAACGAGUCCUUGGUUGAGAAUGACAUGAGUCCCUUUAUCCAUGAACUGACUGUCUUACUUCUACUUCUUCUCAUGAUCCUGGCUUGAGUCUAGUACUCGCAUUGAGAGAGAUAGGGAACGUCUUAGAAGACCAGUUGACCUCGUAAGCUGCUAUAUGAUCUAGGAAAUCCUCUACCGACGAUCGGGGUUGUAUGUUGCUUAGAGGUCUACAGAGCUGCAUUGGUUUGAGUUAGGUUUGCUUGGGGACAAGCAAACGGUUAAGUGUGGGGGGAUUUGAUGACUCGAUAUUUGUACAUGUUUCCCUUUUGUUUCAUGAUAGUUUGAGCCUUAAUUAUCGCGUCUUUGGCCUAUUUUACGCUAGGUUGUGUUCCUUUGUCACAUUUCAGGUCCUAGCACAUAAAGUGAAGCAUAGGCGCAAGUUUCAAGUCAAUCAGAGAUCAAUUGGCUAUUAGGGAGAAGAAACUCGGGCAUGACCUGAAGAAGAAUGGAUUUCUACCUCACUUUAUGGACAAAUAAUCAUGAAAGCUUGUCAUGAAAAUAAAGAGGACAAGACUACGAGCGUUUGGGAUCAAACGGCGGCUGAUUCGGAGUCCGGACGAGGGAGAAACGAAGCAUUGAAUAUAGGGGAACUGGUUCGGCAGUAAAAACACGGGCGCGCAUAAAUCAAAACACGGUCGUGCCCAUAUUAAGACGCGACCGUGUUUUGGCCGACUGAAUCGGGUUUUUUAGGCAGAUUGAAGCCAAAGGAAAGGGGGAGCUGGGUUUUGGAUCCCAAACACCCAAGGGACGAACCAAAGAGAGAGAGGGCGAUUUGAAGGCAUUCUAAGAGUGGAAUUGGAGGAUUUCUUCACCUUGGAAGCUCGAGGAAUAAGCACGAACUUGAAGA